AGCAAUUUCCUCGACUUCCCCCAACGACGCGAAAACAAUUGACUUCAUUCUUUUUAUUCUUUCAUCCAUCAAUGAAAGACUGUGUCUAUCCUUGAGCCCUUCCUUGUUUCGCCAUCUCCCAUUUAACUUUUCGAUUUUAUUCAUACUUGUAAAUUUGUUAUUUUCCUGCUCCCGUUUCAGAGACCGACGACGCGACUAUGACAGACAAGCUUCCUCCAAAUCUUCUCGCCCUCUUCGCGCCGCGGCCGCCCUUACGAUGGGUGCCUGCACCCGAUUUCCCUCCCGAGCAGCGAAGGACGCAUAAAAUUACCGCCAUCGCCAAUUAUCUCGAUGCUCUUGCUUCCUAUAAGGACAAUGACGGAUACCAACCUACAGAGAGCUGGUUGCAGAUGCGCGACAGGAAAAAGCUAGAGAAGAAGGCCCAGCAAGAGAGGAUGUUGACUGAGGGUCCACUAAACUACAAGCCUAACGAGGAUCCUAACAUACGUGGCGACCCGUUUAAGACUUUAAUCGUCGCGCGACUGAGUUAUGAUGCCACCGAGCAUGACCUCGAGAAAGAAUUUGGGCGCUUUGGUCCCGUCGAACGCAUUCGUAUCGUGAGCGAUACACAUGCCCACGAGAAGCCGAAUAAGAAAAAGAAGCCCCAUCGCGGAUAUGCUUUCGUUGUUUUUGAACGUGAGAAAGACAUGAGAGCUGCUCUAGAUGGUUGCGAUGGCAUUCGCAUUAGAGACCGCCGAAUUAAGGUAGACGUCGAAAGAGGUCGAACAGUUAAGGGCUGGAAACCUCGUCGGUUUGGUGGUGGCCUGGGCGGCCGCGGAUAUUCUAAAGCUGCGCCUCCUCAGCCCCGCGGCCCCGGAUUUGGGGCCGGUUUCGGUGGGCGCGAAGGCUUCCGCGGAGGUUUCCAGGGCCGUGGAAGAGGAGGAGGAGGAGGGUUCGGUGGUGGUCGUGACCGCGGUUUCCGAGGAGGAGGAGGUAGUGGCGGUGGCGGUGGCGGUGGGGGAGAUUUCGGCUCCGGUCGUGAUCGUGGCUUCGGUCCUCAGAACAGCUACAACCCGCCUCCCAACGCGCCGGCCGGUCCUAACUUCGGUGGACGCCGUGGAUUUGGCGGAGGUGAUCGGGACCGCAGUGGUCCAGGCGGGCCAGGAGGCCCAGGAGGCCCAGCAGGUCCAGGUGGUCCAGGUGGUCCAGGUGGUCCAGGUGGCCCAGGUGGUGGGUAUGACUCGCGCAACGGCAGUCGCUCAUAUGAUGAUAGAUCAGGCGGACAUCGUGACGGAGGCAGAUUCGGCGACCGCGACCGCCGAAGCGGCGCCAACUUCGAACCGGUUCGUGGCGGACGAGAGUAUCGCGACUACGACCGGUCGAGAGACGACGAGAGUCGGAAACGGGGCUACGAAGGCACGUACGAGGAUCCGCGAAAGCUACGACGCUACUAAGCCGACCGAUCUUAUCGAGACAAGAGCCGUUUGUCUUGGUGGGUAUCUUCUAUCUUCCGUACUUCUGCAUCUAUGCAAAACGUCCCGGUUUUUCCUUCUGCCUUUAGCCACCAAGGGUAAGCAAGGGUAAGAUGGUUUUGAAAGCUACCGAAUGAACGACAGCUACUUGAUACCAGACGACGACUAGUCAAAAGGUAAAGAAAGAAAGCAGACAAGAAGACGCCAGAAUACCGCGCAGCCAGUUGGGCUCGAGUUCGACCCAGAAUCCUACUCCAUCCUUAUCUAGCAGCGGCUCAUGUUUGAUUGUUCCUUUUAUCUCCUGGAUCGCCGCAACCCUUAUUGAUACCAGAAUAUGGCGAGGUAAUUCGUUUUUCUUUUUAACACCCACAUGUACUCUAUGAU